AUGUCCCAAUUCACAUCCCAGACUCGAGGAGAAGAUGUCUGCGAGGCAUUCCCCUCCCAGAUCAAGGGGAGGACAUUCCUCAUCACAGGCACCAGUGCCAAUGGCCUCGGCGCCAAAUCCGCAACAACCCUGGCCAAAUACUCUCCGGCCCAGAUCAUCCUCGUCUCCCGGUCCAAGUCCAAGGUCGACCCCGUCGCUGACGAGAUCAAGUCUACCAACAGCGACAUCUCCGUCAAAUUCGUAGCAUGCGAGCUGUCCGACCAGGAGUCCGUCCGCGGAGCAGCUGAGAAGAUCCUUUCCGAUGCCGAAAUCAAGAAGAUCGAUGUCGUGGUCAACAACGCCGGUGUGAUGGCGAUUCUGGAAUACCAAGUCGACAAGCAAGGCAACGAGAUGCAGUUGAGCGCGAACCAUAUCGGGCACUUCCUUCUCACCAACCUCAUCAUGCCAAAGAUUCUUGCUGCCGGCGCCGGUGCGCGAAUCAUCAACCUGACCUCUCUCGGCCACCGCAUCGGGCCCUUCCGCUUCAACGACCCCAAGUUCAGCGGUGGCAAGGAAUAUGAUCCCUGGUCUGCCUACGGUCAGUCCAAGACCGCAAACGUUCUCUUCUCUGUCGAGCUGGCCCGCCGCCUGAAGUCCCGCAACAUCCAGGCCUUCGCCGUGCACCCUGGCCUGAUUCUCUCCACCAGCCUGGGUUCGCACAUGGACUUCAUGGCCCAGUUGCCGGCACUGCAGGCUGCUGCCGAGAAGAACAACCCCGGUCUUACUUGGAGCGCGGAGGGACAUGCGAAGGAUGAUUCCCAGGGGUGCGCAACUUCGUUGGUUGCUGCAUUGGAUCCGAGCCUAGAGGCUGAGACCGGUGCAUAUCUUGAGGACUGUGCCGUGUCAAAGGCCUUGGAGUACGCGACUGAUCUGGAGAAUGCCAAGAAGCUGUGGGCUUACAGCGAGGGGCUUGUUGGUCAGAAGUUUGAUGUCUGA